CCUCGCCGCCGCCGGAGCUCCCCGCGGCCGGGGGUGAGAUCCAGGCCAUGGCGCCCGCCUCGGCCGCGGGCUCAUCCAGCACCGGAGGCUCGUUCACGGCGCUCCUGGGGCUCCCGACCUCACAGGCCAUAGAGCUCCUGCUCCCCGGCGCGGCGCCGGCGCCCGCGCCCGCGCCCGCCUUCCCCUCCGACCCGCACCUCGUCGACCGCGCCGCCCGCUUCUCCGCCUUCGCGUCGCCGUCGCCGUCCCCGACCCCUCCUCCCCCCGCCUCCUCCGCCAAGCGCAAGGCUGACCCCGCCUCCAAGGGGAAGGUGGCGAAGAAGGGGAAGACGACGGCGGGCGGCGGCGAGGAGAAGGACUCGGGCGAGGACGAGAAGCCGGCGUACGUGCACGUGAGGGCCAGGAGGGGCCAGGCCACGGACAGCCACAGCCUCGCCGAGCGGGCGAGACGGGAGAAGAUAAAUGCGAGGAUGGAGCUGCUCAAGGAGCUGGUCCCCGGAUGCAGCAAGGUAUCAGGAACAGCGCUGGUACUGGAGGAGAUCAUCAAUCAUGUUCAAUCCCUUCAAAGACAAGUCGAGUACCUGUCAAUGAGACUCGCAGCAGUAAACCCAAGGGUUGACUUUGGUGGGCUAGACAACCUUUUGACUACAGAGUGUGGAAGGAUAACAGGUUUAAACUGCAAGAGUGGAAUGGACUUGGAGCAAGUCAGCUGGCCUGACAUGGGCGUUCACGGAGCAAGAAAUCUCGCGCAGCUACAACAGCAGUUCUGGCAUGGUGAUUUGGCACAUCCACAUCAGCCAGCUUCACAGUGGGAAAAACGGGGGGAUGUACAACCCCCUGGCUUUAGCAACACCAGUUCUUCUCUCUUCGGCUACGAUCUCGCAAGCUCUGGUAAAAUUAUCGAGCACACACACCUUUAACCUAUUGUCAGUUGCUUGUCAUUUACUUCAACGUUUCUCAGCCUCGCAUGGACCACGACCAUUGUCUUUUUCUCUGUCCAGAGUGUUUGAAUAGAUAGGUGAAUGCAAAACGUGUGGUGUAGGCGUGUAGCUCAAAAUGUGUGAAUAGUGCAUUCUACUAGGGAAAUAGCUGAAGCUUCACAAAAGAUAAUCACUGACCACUAUGCCCUAGCCCUUUUACGGCCACAAUAAAUCUCGGAUAUCAUAGCAUUGCUCUGUGCAGAAAUGCAAGUUAGGCAAAAUAAAAUAAAUAAAAAACUCGUAGAAACAUGUAGUCUUAGUAAUUUAAGUUGCAUCUCGCUGACAUGCUAAUGGACGCACCUAUCGUAUGGAAUAUGGAUUACAGGCUGAAACACAUAGCCAAUGAACAUUCAUUCAGUAGCAAAAGGCAGGAGCCUGUAACUUAAAUCGGAAGAUUUCGGAAUGCAUUUCUCGAUUUCUUGGUUGGUCAUUCAAUCAUUAUUGCCAUCAUCACCAGUAUUUUGGGUGGUAGGGGCCAUGACUGUGUUCGUCCGGUGGAUCUGUUCUCUCUGGCACCGGCGGACCCAACUGGUUGGUGUGGAUGGGCCCAAAUCAAUAAAUGCAGUGUCUAGAAACCCAUAGCGCCCCCCGUCUUUCCGUUUGGGCUUGGCUGCAUAAGGCCUGUAGAUGCAGAUCUGGUCCCUUUAGCGCUUCUGACCACUCGGACAACUGUGAUGGGCCCACCAUUCUGUAUGCUGUCCAUUACAUGUCUGGGGGAUCCCCAUUCCUGUAAUGGGGGUUGCCAGCUGCAACCACCUUAACCCCAGUGCCACGGCCUCUAGCAUUGGACUGCGGUUGCUUCUACUGUAAAUGUCUAUCUUUUUUAAUUAAAGGCAGUAGUGAAGUGGAAGCAUCGAAAGUAAGUGGCAGUCGAUUUGGUACGUGCAAGGGAUGGCUUGUGAGGCUAGGAUUAAGGUACUUGUGGGCCUCGAAAAAAAUAAAACCAUUGAUGUAGAUCAUGUCAGAACGUGAGCAUCUGCUCAAAAUCGUGCGAGUUAUGAUAAAAUGUCUGCUGUACAACAGUUUUUUCCUUUUUGCAGCUGCACUGUUCAAAUAAUGUGAGUGCAGCUUAUGUUAAUCGAUCAUAUUCUACAGCUGCAAAUGUUUUAACAUAAUGUGCACCUGUUAGUUUUUUUAGAUCUUUUUGAGUUGCAAAAGUAGCUAUACCUGAAACCCAUGCGCCCUCUUGCAUCUACAGAAACAAUUGACACGUAGCCGGCCUAUAUUGUUUCGAUUUUGGCAUCAGCUGGCAUACACCUCUGCCAUCUGGCCAAUUUAUUCCACUGCCCUGGCAGUUCAAAUAGGCUGAAUCCAAGUGACACAGAAACUUCCACAAUAACUCGUACCACGUGACAACCUUUCUAGCUAAAGAUGGAGCACAUCACUGGAUAGUGAAUACUGACAUUGAUCUCGACAUCUUUUUUUUUUGAAACAAGGCAAAAGAUUUGCCAUUUUCAUUAAUUAAGGAGAAGGUUUAGACAAAAGCCGCAGAGCGGCAAAAAAGAAAGAUUACUCUCGCGACAUAAGCUCACUCAGGUGGUUGGCUCCCGCCAACGCCCAAAGAUGGGCCUCCUCUUUGAUCUUGGCAACAAUAAUGGUUGUCGGUGAAGCCGUGUUGCGAAAGACUCUUGCGUUCCGCUCCUUCCACACUUCCCACAUUACAAGCAUCAGAACAGAGGCAGUGGCUUUCUUGAUGUGCCCUCCAAAGUUUAUCGUUUUAAGCCACCAAUCUUGAACCGUGCCUUCAUGGCGCCAAAUCAGUGGCGAGUGGUCCUGCAUGCCGAGCCAGGCGACCACCGCGUGCCAGAUACGGGUAGUGAACCUACACUGGAAGAGUAGAUGGGAGGCGGACUCUUGGACUUGUUUGCAUAGGGGACAAAGCCCACAGUUUGGCCAUCCUCUCCGUUGUAAUCGAUCCGCCGUCCACACAUGGUUUUGGGUGAUAAGCCAAGUGAAGACCUUGCAUUUUGGGGGAGCCCAACUCUUCCAUAUUGUGGGAGCAGUUGGGCUGAGAACUAGGCCCUCGAAUUGUGCCAUGUACGCUGUAGCCGUCGAAUAUUCACCACUGGAAGUGAAUUUCCAGGAAAUGGUGUCCUUUCUAUCCGGAUUGAGAGCAACUUCAGUAACCAACUCCCAUAAGACCGCAAACUCCUGGAUAUGUGCCACAGUGAGACCCUGUGUAAUGUCAAUUUGCCGGACCCAGGAAUUGUUGUCAAGAGCCUUACCAACCAAACAGGCCUUCUUUUUGGAUAUUUCGAAGAUUUUAGGAGCGAUAUCUUUAGGUCGGAGGCCAUUGAGCCAAGAUGAUCUCGACAUCUUGCAGUGGAACCAAUUGCUUCGUUAUAGUGCACGGGGCCAGUUUAGAGGUCAAUUCUUUAGCUAUCUACCAUGUGGCUCAUGUCCUGAAACCAAGCCAGUCAGCUCCGUGAUUUAGCAACCACUGUAUGUUGCACUGCUUUUGUUGAGAUCGUUACUGCUCUUGUGCUGCCACUAAGAGAAAAGUGAAGGGAAGGCCUAACAGCCUUGGCGAUCUGCCGUUUGGAUCUGGGGCAAUCGAUAUGAGGCUCUGGAUCCAAGCAGAGUGCAUUUUGGAGAGACAGGUGCUGUUGGGGGUACAGGCCCAAUCAUGCAAAGCGUUCAAGAAUCAUUAAAACCACCACGGACCCCCCCUCCUGACUAGAUGAUAUAUGUACUGCAUUACGGCUGGCAGAAUCUGUUUUCCGCCAGAAAUUAUUGCAGCUUCUUCGUGUACUGGUGCCUGCUCAAGGAUGAGUGGCAUACAGCGAGCUUUGUCCAGACUCCAGCCUUCAUCUUUAUCACGUGACCCGCCCUUGCUGCACUGGAGAGAGCGAUCGUUUCGUCACCUCACGUUGAAAAUUGCCCUAAUUGCUUUGGAUUGUUUGUAAUUUGAUUCUCUCGCUUUGCCUUCAAUCUUGAAUUGUUAUACUAGAAGACAGCAAAAAAAUAAUACAUACCAGUCUUCCUGGCUCCCCUCUAUUCCAUGCCUGCCAAUGCAUACUAUAUCUUGCUUAUGUGACAAUAUUCUCAAACUUUCUACCAUGCGUGGUUUGGAAAAUUUCCGUCUAUUAGUCGUAACGUGCAAAACUGAGAUGGAAAAAAAUCGGAGAAAGCCGUUAGUUGUGUGAACCAGUUCAUAACUGGUUGCCAAGCUGGUUACUCCUGGUGUCCUAGUUACUGUUCCGGGAGAAUAUCCAGCGAUACCACAACUUACAUAUGCUCCCAUUUUAGUAAACUCAAAUUGAAAUGUCCCCAAAAAAUCUGAUUCUUUUGUGAAUGUUCACAAGACAUGUGUACAUGGAUAUUGUCUUUGGAGGCCGAGCUCCAUGGAGCUCGGUUUUGAAAAUUUUGAUUUUGUCGAAUUUCAUAUUUUAAAAAAAAAUCUGGAAAAAAAACACACAUAUACACGAAGGCAUAACGCACAUGUGUGUAAAUUUUCAGGGCAAAAUAAGUUGAAAUGAGGGCUGUGCAAAAAAGACAAAUCUGGGGCUUUUUAACACAUGAUACUAUUCAUCCUCCCAGGCCAUGAAUUUGUCUUUUUUGUACAGGUCACAUUUCAACGUUUUUCAUUCUGAAAUUUUACACACAUAGACAUAACAUACUUGUUUACUUGCACAAUUUUUUUCAGAUUUUUUUGAAACUGAAAAGUUUGAAUUUUGAUUUGUUUUCAAAAAAAAGGCCUCCAUGGCUCCCGGGAGCCAAACAUCUGCUCUCAUGUGUACACCCCUAUAAAAUUCAAAAUACACAAAGAGAAAAAAUAAUGACAAAUUCAGCAUGAAUAGUGCCAAUUUUUUGCUUAUUGACACUAUUCAUGCUGGAUUUUUAUUUGUUGUUUGUCUUUGAGUAUUUCGAAAUUUGAUUUAAAUUUUAGGGGAUCUAAACACAUGCCUUGUGAACAUUCACAGUUCUUUUUUUAUUUUUUCUUGAAACAUGUAAAUUGGAGUUUUUCAAAAUGGGAGCAUGUUAGUAGUGGUAUCACCUGAUAUUAUCCUGUGGCUAAUGUGCUAGUACCCGAGAUCGAAAAAUUGAACCCUAGCAACUAGCACUGACUUGAUUAUUUUCCAUGUCU